AGAAGAAUAUGGCCGCCGGGUGUGGUGAGGGCGACGCGCUUGCAGUCGCCGUCUCUUGCUUUCCCGUCCUCUGACAUCGCCUGCAGCCGAGUGGGCCCGUUCCGCCGUAGCCGAGGACCAGGUUGGGAGACGGUAUUCAAAUAAAGUUAACUGCAGCUUUCUGUGAAAAUGUCAGUUUUGAUAUCACAGAGCGUAAUAAAUUAUGUAGAGGAAGAAAACAUUCCUGCUCUGAAAGCUCUUCUUGAAAAAUGCAAAGACGUAGAUGAGAGAAAUGAGUGUGGCCAGACUCCACUGAUGAUAGCUGCUGAACAAGGCAAUCUGGAAAUAGUGAAGGAAUUAAUUAAGAAUGGAGCUAACUGCAAUCUGGAAGAUUUGGAUAAUUGGACAGCACUUAUAUCCGCAUCCAAAGAAGGGCAUAUACACAUCGUAGAGGAACUGCUGAAAUGUGGGGUUAACCUGGGAGCACCGUGAUAUGGGAGGAUGGACAGCUCUCAUGUGGGCAUGUUACAAAGGCCGUACUGACGUAGUAGAUUUGCUUCUUUCUCAUGGUGCCAAUCCAAGUGUCACUGGUCUGCAGUACAGUGUUUACCCCAUCAUUUGGGCAGCAGGGAGAGGACAUGCAGAUAUAGUGCAUCUUUUACUGCAAAAUGGUGCCAAAGUCAACUGCUCUGAUAAGUAUGGAACCACCCCUUUAGUUUGGGCUGCACGAAAGGGUCAUUUGGAAUGUGUGAAACAUUUACUGGCCAUGGGAGCUGAUGUGGAUCAAGAAGGAGCUAAUUCAAUGACCGCACUGAUUGUGGCAGUGAAAGGAGGCUACACACAGUCAGUAAAAGAAAUUUUGAAGAGGAAUCCAAAUGUAAACUUAACAGAUAAAGACGGAAAUACAGCUUUGAUGAUUGCAUCAAAGGAGGGACAUACGGAGAUUGUGCAGGAUCUGCUAGAUGCUGGAACAUAUGUGAACAUACCUGACAGGAGUGGGGAUACUGUAUUGAUUGGCGCUGUCAGAGGUGGUCAUGUUGAAAUUGUUCGAGCGCUUCUCCAAAAAUACGCUGAUAUAGACAUUAGAGGACAGGACAAUAAAACUGCUUUGUAUUGGGCUGUUGAGAAAGGAAAUGCAACAAUGGUGAGAGAUAUCUUACAGUGCAAUCCUGACACUGAAAUAUGCACCAAGGAUGGUGAGACGCCACUUAUAAAGGCUACCAAGAUGAGAAAUAUUGAAGUGGUGGAGCUGCUACUAGAUAAAGGCGCGAAAGUGUCUGCUGUAGAUAAGAAAGGAGAUACUCCCUUGCAUAUUGCUAUUCGUGGAAGGAGCCGGAAACUGGCAGAACUGCUUUUAAGAAAUCCCAAAGAUGGGCGAUUACUUUAUAGGCCCAACAAAGCAGGCGAGACUCCUUACAAUAUUGACUGUAGCCAUCAGAAGAGUAUUUUAACUCAAAUAUUUGGAGCCAGACACUUGUCUCCUACUGAAACAGAUGGUGACAUGCUUGGGUAUGAUUUAUAUAGCAGUGCCCUAGCAGAUAUUCUCAGUGAGCCGACCAUGCAGCCACCUAUUUGUGUGGGGUUAUAUGCACAGUGGGGAAGUGGGAAAUCUUUCUUACUCAAGAAACUAGAAGAUGAAAUGAAAACCUUCGCCGGACAACAGAUUGAGCCUCUCUUUCAGUUCUCGUGGCUCAUAGUGUUUCUUACCCUGCUACUUUGUGGAGGGCUUGGUUUAUUGUUUGCCUUCACGGUCCAUCCGAAUCUUGGAAUAGCAGUGUCAUUGAGCUUCUUGGCUCUCUUAUAUAUAUUCUUUAUUGUCAUUUACUUUGGUGGACGAAGAGAAGGAGAGAGUUGGAAUUGGGCCUGGGUCCUCAGCACUAGAUUGGCAAGACAUAUUGGAUAUUUGGAACUCCUCCUUAAAUUGAUGUUUGUGAAUCCACCUGAGUUGCCAGAGCAGACUACUAAAGCUUUACCUGUGAGGUUUUUGUUUACAGAUUACAAUAGACUGUCCAGUGUAGGUGGAGAAACUUCUCUGGCUGAAAUGAUUGCAACCCUCUCGGAUGCUUGUGAAAGAGAGUUUGGCUUUUUGGCAACCAGGCUUUUUCGAGUAUUCAAGACUGAAGAUACUCAGGGUAAAAAGAAAUGGAAAAAAACAUGUUGUCUCCCAUCUUUUGUCAUCUUCCUUUUUAUCAUUGGCUGCAUUAUAUCUGGAAUUACUCUUCUGGCUAUAUUUAGAGUUGACCCAAAGCAUCUGACUGUAAAUGCUGUCCUCAUAUCAAUCGCAUCUAUAGUGGGAUUGGCCUUUGUGUUGAACUGUCGUACAUGGUGGCAAGUGCUGGACUCCCUCCUGAAUUCCCAAAGAAAGCGCCUCCAUAAUGCAGCCUCCAAACUGCACAAAUUGAAAAGCGAAGGAUUCAUGAAAGUUCUUAAAUGUGAAGUAGAAUUGAUGGCCAGGAUGGCAAAAACCAUUGACAGCUUCACUCAGAAUCAGACAAGGCUGGUCGUCAUCAUCGAUGGAUUAGAUGCCUGUGAGCAGGACAAAGUCCUUCAGAUGCUGGACACUGUCCGAGUUCUGUUUUCAAAAGGCCCUUUCAUUGCCAUUUUUGCAAGUGAUCCACAUAUUAUCAUAAAGGCAAUUAACCAGAACCUCAAUAGUGUGCUUCGGGAUUCGAAUAUAAAUGGCCAUGACUACAUGCGCAACAUAGUGCAUUUGCCUGUGUUCCUUAAUAGUCGUGGACUGAGCAAUGCAAGAAAAUUUCUCGUAACUUCAGCAACAAAUGGGGACGUUCCAUGCUCAGAUACUACAGGGAUACAGGAAGAUGCUGACAGAAGAGUUUCACAGAACAGCCUUGGGGAGAUGACAAAACUUGGUAGCAAGACAGCUCUCAAUAGACGGGACACUUACCGAAGAAGGCAGAUGCAGAGGACCAUCACUCGCCAGAUGUCCUUUGAUCUUACAAAACUGCUGGUUACCGAGGACUGGUUCAGUGACAUCAGUCCCCAGACCAUGAGAAGAUUACUUAAUAUUGUUUCUGUGACAGGGCGAUUACUGAGAGCCAAUCAGAUUAGUUUCAACUGGGACAGGCUUGCUAGCUGGAUCAACCUCACCGAGCAGUGGCCAUACCGGACUUCAUGGCUCAUAUUAUAUUUGGAAGAGACUGAAGGUAUUCCAGAUCAAAUGACAUUAAAAACCAUCUACGAAAGAAUAUCAAAGAAUAUUCCAACAACUAAGGAUGUUGAGCCACUGCUUGAAAUUGAUGGAGAUAUAAGAAAUUUUGAGGUGUUUUUAUCUUCAAGGACCCCAGUUCUUGUGGCUCGAGAUGUAAAAGUCUUUUUGCCAUGCACUGUAAACCUAGAUCCCAAACUACGGGAAAUUAUUGCAGAUGUUCGCGCUGCCAGAGAGCAGAUCAGUAUCGGAGGACUGGCGUACCCGCCGCUCCCUCUACAUGAGGGUCCUCCUAGGGCACCAUCAGCGUACAGCCAGCCCCCAUCUGUGUGCUCUUCCACGUCCUUCAAUGGGCCCUUCGCAGGUGGAGUGGUGUCACCACAGCCUCACAGCAGCUAUUACAGUGGCAUGACGGGCCCUCAGCAUCCCUUCUACAACAGGCCAUUCUUUGCCCCAUACCUUUACACGCCAAGGUAUUACCCUGGCGGCUCCCAACAUCUCAUCUCACGUCCAUCAGUAAAAACGAGUUUGCCCAGAGAUCAGAACAAUGGCCUAGAAGUUAUCAAGGAGGAUGCUGCUGAGGGGCUUUCUUCACCCACAGACUCCUCGAGGGGGUCAGGCGCAGCCCCAGGCCCAGUGAUAUUACUGAAUUCACUGAAUGUGGAUGCAGUAUGUGAGAAGCUGAAACAAAUAGAAGGGCUGGACCAGAGUAUGCUGCCUCAGUAUUGUGCCACGAUCAAAAAGGCAAACAUAAAUGGCCGUGUGUUAGCUCAGUGUAACAUUGAUGAACUGAAGAAAGAGAUGAAUAUGAAUUUUGGAGACUGGCACCUUUUCAGAAGCACAGUACUAGAAAUGAGAAACGCAGAAAGCCAGGUGGUCCCUGAAGACCCACGUUUCCUCAGUGAGAGCAGCAGUGGCCCAGCCCCACACGGUGAACCUGCUCGCCGCACUUCCCACAAUGAGCUGCCUCACACCGAGCUCUCCAGCCAGACGCCCUACACACUCAACUUCAGCUUCGAAGAGCUGAACACGCUUGGCCUGGACGAAGGUGCCCCUCGUCACAGUAAUCUAAGUUGGCAGUCACAAACUCGCAGAACCCCAAGUCUUUCGAGUCUCAAUUCCCAGGAUUCCAGUAUUGAAAUUUCAAAGCUUACUGAUAAGGUGCAGGCCGAGUAUAGAGAUGCCUAUAGAGAAUACAUUGCUCAGAUGUCCCAGUUAGAAGGGGGCCCAGGGUCUACAACCAUUAGUGGCAGAUCAUCUCCACAUAGCACAUAUUACAUGGGUCAGAGUUCAUCAGGGGGCUCUAUUCAUUCAAACCUAGAACAAGAAAAGGGGAAGGAUAGUGAACCAAAGCCCGAUGAUGGGAGGAAGUCCUUUUUAAUGAAGAGGGGAGAUGUUAUCGAUUAUUCAUCAUCAGGGGUUUCCACCAAUGAUGCCUCCCCCCUGGAUCCUAUCACUGAAGAAGAUGAAAAAUCAGAUCAGUCAGGCAGUAAGCUUCUCCCAGGCAAGAAAUCUUCUGAAAGGUCAAGCCUCUUCCAGACAGAUUUGAAGCUUAAGGGAGGUGGGCUGCGCUAUCAGAAACUCCCAAGUGACGAGGAUGAAUCUGGCACAGAAGAAUCAGAUAACACACCACUGCUCAAAGAUGACAAAGACAGAAAAGCCGAAGGGAAAGUAGAGAGAGUGCCAAAGUCUCCGGAACACAGUGCUGAGCCGAUUAGAACCUUCAUUAAAGCCAAAGAGUAUUUAUCGGAUGCCCUCCUUGACAAAAAGGAUUCAUCGGAUUCAGGAGUGAGGUCCAAUGAGAGUUCUCCCAAUCACUCUCUGCACAAUGAAGUGGCGGAUGACUCCCAGCUUGAAAAGGCAAAUCUCAUAGAGCUGGAAGAUGACAGUCACAGUGGAAAGCGAGGAAUCCCACAUAGCUUGAGUGGCCUGCAAGAUCCAAUUAUAGCUCGGAUGUCCAUUUGUUCAGAAGACAAGAAAAGCCCUUCCGAAUGCAGCCUGAUAGCCAGCAGCCCUGAAGAAAACUGGCCUGCGUGCCAGAAAGCCUACAACCUGAACCGAACGCCCAGCACUGUGACUCUGAACAACAACAGUGCUCCAGCCAAUAGAGCCAAUCAAAAUUUUGAUGAGAUGGAGGGAAUUAGGGAGACUUCUCAAGUCAUUUUGAGGCCUAGUUCCAGUCCCAACCCAACCACUAUUCAGAAUGAGAAUCUAAAAGGCAUGACACAUAAGCGAAGCCAACGUUCAAGUUACACAAGGCUCUCCAAAGAUCCUUCGGAGCUCCAUGCAGCAGCCUCUUCUGAGAGCACAGGCUUUGGAGAAGAAAGAGAAAGCAUUCUUUGAGAAAAACAAGCAAAGGAGAAGAGUAUUACUGUACCCUUAUGACAGAAUUGUCCUGGAUUUUGACUCCAUCCACGCCCAUCACCUUUCUACAUUUCGCUGACAGAUCAGUAACAGAUGAUGAGGCCGAGGUAGAAGAGACAUCCACAGUGUGACAGAGGGAGCGCGAGAAGCAUGACUCAUCAGCCAGCCUCUAUUGUCUUUGUAAUUAGAAGCUUCAGAACUCACUAAUACCACUGUACCUUUCAUUGGCGCAUUACCCCAUAAAACUUUUUGAGAUGAGGUGAGAUCUGGGUAUAAAGAUAGGCCAGAAGUAUUUUAAAGGGCUUAAUUUGCCAAAAAGAAAAGUAAAAAGCUAGAGACCCUUUUUGCAGAACAUUUGGUGCCCACACAUUUGAGGGAAGAUGUGGCUUUAGAUGAAGCAGAAGCAAACCCUGCUCUUAGGGUCUCGUCUAGAUGAGUGCACAGCCUAUGACACUACAGGGAGAGGUCAGGAAACUGAGAUCCAGCCUUCUGGGUGACACGGGCAUUGUUUAUCACAGAGGUUCUGAAGUUUAAGUAGCAAGUACAUAAUGAAGAGGGCUUUAAAAAUUGCUGAGAAAGCGAGUCACCAGGGCUGGCAGUAGUGUAACGGGGCUGUCCUGAGCGGUUAGGAGAGUAGAUGCUGGGAGGGCUGGUGACCUCCAUGGGUUUAUCUGUUGGAGACUCUUCUCUCCAAAUCCCAGGCCUGGCUUCCAGCACCAUCCAGCUGUGCCCAAGAAGCCACCCUGGUCCGUUCUCCAACUCUUUUAAAUGGUGCCCAACUUUUCUAAGUGAGCUUAGCAAUGAGAAGAAAAAAAAAACAUGAAUUCUUUAUCUGGAAAAUCAGGGAAACAUGGGUAAUAAUAGGCACUAAUAAAUAUUUAUAGAUGAGUGAAUGAGGAAAUAAUUACAUCAGAAAGGUCAGUGACAAUUGAUAAAUGACAAGGAAAUAUUUAAUUAGGUAAAACUAAAUCAUUGCUCUCUAUUCUAGGAUAGACUUUAUCUACUUCGUCUGUUCCUAAGUCAGCAUGUUAAUUCUGGGGGAGGAUCAUAAGAAAGGAAAUACUUUUUAAAAAAGAGUCUAAAAACAUGUAACAAAGCAAGGAUAAAAUUAUAUAUAUAUAUAUACACACACAUAUAUAUAUAUGUGGUGUGACUGUAAAACUGUACUUUCCAUUAAUUAUUAGCGGAGUUAAGAGAAUGAUCACAUUGAAGUACUGUGUGGACUAGAAAUGUGCCCUGUCAUCAUGCAAUGAAAUGUUAUCGUUUAAACAUAGCUCAUUUAUGUAGAAUGAAUUCUGGCGGUUUACCCCACGUCACAGUUAGGACAGUAGAUGGUGAGAUCGCAGAUGCACAAUUAUCUAGAUUCCGUGUUACAUUUUCAAUGUUUAUCACUCAGUGGAUUUUUAUUAAUAUGCUGAUUAAGUUAUUUACUUGGCCAGUCAUUGUGCUAAAUAGUUGCUCUUUUGUGUUUCAUUGCCGUGAUGUUUGAGUGUAAUCUAGCAUUUUAAUACAGUGUUUAUUUUGCAUGAUCUUUAACAAACGUGUUAAGCAAUUUUAAAAAGGCAGGAUGUUGUUGACAUUAUACACUGAAGUCUUAACAUUUUAAUAUUUAUAGUGCUUAUUAGUUUGCAAAGUUGUAUACUUAGGAAUUAUUUCAGAGACAAUGUUUUCUUUUUCAGGUGAGUAGUUGCCGCGUAAUAUCAUUGGAUACAUUCUUUAUACUGUUUGUGAAAUUAAUACUAGCAUAUUAAGUGUAUAAAUAGAUUUAGAAAACAAUAAAAAAUUGCAUGCUAUUCUGA